CACUCACCAGUCAUUGAUUUUUUGUGCUGCGGUGGAGCUGAGAGAAAUGGGUGAAACCCCAGAAUUCGUUUACAGAAUCAGCACCAAAGAAGAAUGGGAUGAACUGCAAAAGAAUGGGUCUACUUUUGGUGGAGAAAUUGAUAAGUCUACUGCUUGUUUUCACCUCAGCAAACUCAAUCAGGUGAAGUCAACAUUAGAGAAUUUUUUCAAAGGAAGGGAAGAUCUCUACUUGCUACAAAUUGAUUCUAAGAAGCUCGGGGAUGGAUUGGUUUAUGAAUCUGUUGAUAGUACCAACUACUUCCCUCAUUUCUAUGGCCCAUCCCGUACUUACAUUCCUCUCCCUUUGGAUGCCGUUGUUAAAGCUGAGAAAUUGACUCUGUCGGGAGGCCAGUUCAGUUGUAGUUUUCUGGCUGAUUCAACUUUGGAUGCGCAGUAAAAUUUGGUUAUCCUGUACCUUUUACAUAAUCCAUUGUGACCGUUGUGUACGUUGAAUCAGAUUCUGUAUGGUACUUGCCAUUAUUCUUAUCUUAAAUUGAGUGAAAAAUAUCUUUAUGAAAUUAAAUACAGGGCAAUGUAUUUCGUUUUCA